AUGCCGCAUAAGCACAAAAGACGAGAAAGAGACGCAAACGCGUUUGACCUCCCGCCCUCCGUCAUCGCAAAACCGCUUCCUGUCCGGAACGAGCAGAAGAAUGGUAAAAAUGGCGACAAAAGUCAGAGUCAGAGCCAGAACCAGAACCAGGACAAGACCAAACAGAAGAACAAGAGAUCAAAACCGAACACCCUUGCAGAUGACACGCCCAAGGCGUUCCAGCGCCUGAUGCAGUUCCAGACGAGAGGGAAGCGCCCAUCAACAGAAGACACACAGACACAGCCAGGACGGAAGCGAAAGCGGGAUGAAGAUGGAUCGACAACGAAAAAGGCAAAAAAAUCGGACCAAAAGCAGACGGCGACACCCACAGAGACGGUCGGGACAGCACAGCCCGCGGCACCCAAGAUUCUCCCGGGGGAGAAGCUGUCUGAUUUUGCCGCGCGCGUGGACCGCGCCAUGCCGUUGUCUAGUAUGAAGAAAUCAACCACCCCACGCGGCGGCAGCGGCAGCGGUAGCGACGGCCUACCCAAGAUCCGCGAGGAGCGCCGCACAAAGCACGAGAAGCACCUGCGUCGACUGCAGAAGCAUUGGCGCGAGGAGGAAGCCGAGAUCCGGGAGCGCGAGGCCGCCGAGCGAGAAGAGCGAGAAGCCGAGAUGGAGGAGGAACUGGGUCUCUGGAAGCAGUGGGAGGCUGAGGCCGGCUCGGGGAAAAAGAGGAAACAUAAUAAAAACAACAACAACAGUGCUGAUGCCGACCCCUGGGCGCAGCUGAAGAGCCGGGAUCGCAAGGAGAAAAAGGCGGCUCUCCCCUUUGACGUCGUGCAGGCUCCGCCGCAGCUGACAAAACCGAGGGAGGUGUUCAAGGUCCGCGGCGGGGCCAGAGUCGACGUCGCUAAUGUGCCUGUCGCGGCGGGUAGUUUGAGACGCAGAGAAGAGCUGGCGGGCGAGAGGAGGACCGUCGUGGAGCAAUACAGACGGCUUAUGGCGGAGAAGAGGCAGUAG